GAUGGCGGUCCUACCCACUUGUAAGCGUCUUCUAUACACCUCAUCGUUUACUUCUCAGCUGAGAAAAAUACACAGUAUUUUACCUACAACUUUUAUGGGAAGAUGGAACUCAUCGAGCUCUGUAGGACCAAAGAUAUACACCAGGACUGGAGAUACAGGAUAUACAAGUACAUAUGGUGGAGAACGUCGUGCAAAAACUGACCAACUGUUUGAGGCAUUAGGAGAAAAUGAUGAAUUAAAUUCUUUCAUUGGACUAGCGAGUGAAUUCUGUGAAGAGGCAGGGCAUAAAGAUGUUGUGAAGAAACUUGAACAGAUUCAGUGUAUUCUGCAGGACAUUGGUUCAAAUAUUGCAACACCACGGCAGUCUUCAUCUGAAAGGAAAAUAGAAAAAACUGAAUUUAACCAAGAGAAUGUGAAAACUUUGGAAGAAUGGAUAGACUCCUAUCAUAUGCAACUUCCUUCACUCAGAAAUUUUAUUUUACCAUCAGGGGGGAAAAGCAGUGCAAUGUUACAUGUAGCACGAUCAGUUUGUCGUCGAGCUGAGAGAAGAGUUGUUCCUUUGGUCCAGAGUGGAAGCGUAGAUCCACAUGUUGGAACUUUCUUAAACAGGCUGAGCGAUUUUCUCUUCACCACUGCACGAUUUGUCGCCAAAGAGGAAGGAAAAACUGAGAAAAUAUAUCGUCGAGUUCAAAGAUGACUGAAACACUUGGAAACGUGUCCAAGGGACGUCUGAGUUGAGAGCUUUAGGGCGAGGUUUUACAUUGAGUCAAUUCAGAAGAAAUUAAGGGCAGUUUUUAAUUGAGUGUCGAAGAACCAAAAUUAAAAUUAUUACAGUUACUAACUAGUAGAAAGGUUUACAUUAUCACCAGCCAACGAGGACCUCAAGUGAAAGCAAGCAAACUGGUUGAAGCGCGGCAAAACGCGGCUGACCAAAGUCGCAAUUAUUUUAAUUGAAUCUGAUUGGUUGCGAGGCUGGCGCGAGUAUUUUAGACCGACCAAUCAUAGAGCGAAGUGAAACCAAACCAAUUUUGGAUUGACACUCAAUAUUGAAAAUUGCUCUUCCUGAUAGCCACGUUAGUAGAAGAAGUAUGCUCCGGAAAUCAUGUAGCUUUUAACCUUAUCAUUAGAAGCUAUUUGAAAUUUUGAAACUAACUGCGUAUUCAGAUUCCAUGUAGAAACGAAACCUGUGGAAAAUUCACUUCUAUGCGAAGAAAAAAUCGUGUACGGACGCCGGCAUUUUGAAUCUUAAUUUUGCUUAACAAACAGUCUGCUCACUGGGGACGUAACUCACUCCUUAUUUUUCUAUCAAUGGCGAUCUGGUUGAAUAACUAGGAGCUAUAGAUAUGGUCAUUCUCCACUCAAAUGGCGUAUUUUCCUGCCAUAACCACUGCAGCAGCCUUCAGUGGGUCUUCGGUGAAGUGCGUGGUUACUUCCUGCUAUUUGAGCAUGCGUGGCUAGGUUACUGAUUUCAUUUCUUUCUUUUUUUUUAUUUCUCAAAAUUGGCGGUGCCAUUGUCAAAAUUCAUAGCACAUUUCAGGCUAGUUUUUAAAAGAAAAAGUUACUCUUUCGAAUCUCAUAACACGGUUAAAAAUAUUUUUUUUUAUAGUGUAGUUUUUGAGGGAGUGAGAUAAAAAUGACGUGACUUCAGUUCUGGAGUAUACUUCCACCUGAAAGUAAAUUGGCUGGAGAUAGUGCAGUUACCUAUGUUUUAAUGGCAAAAGCUUGUGGAAAGAAACAUAAUUUAUCGAAAAAUAUGGGAAAAUAAAUAUUCUGCACAUCAA